AUGAAAGAUAGAUUUAGAAUAGACAAAAAUGCUUUAAAUUUUCUUCUUGAAAAGCACUAUACUGGUUAUACACAAGAUACCUAUCAACCUGAUAGCGAAAUUAAUAGUACAAGUGAACUCUGGCCUUCCAGAAUAUUACCUGUCAAUGAUGUACUGUCUUCUAAAAGAGAGCUAAUAUUAAUUUCUAUUCAAAAAUUAGUAGACAAAUUUAAUUUACAAGCCAGUAGACAAGUACCCUUGAGUAAUAAUAAUAAUGCAUCAGUAGACACUAUGCAUUCUCAUAUUAUCUGCAUACCCCAUAGCAGUAAACCUUUUAAUGAGUACAAAGAUCCUACUCUUUUUUUUGCUGGAUUUCCUGUUCUAUAUCUGUAUAGUGUUGGUGGCUAUGAAGGCAGUGCACUUUCACUGUUUAUCACUAUUAACCCAGCAGACCUUUAUAGUCCUAUCAUUAUGAUGUAUGCUAGAAGUGAAAUAGAUUUUGAAAAACUUACACCUGAAAAUUUUCUGAAAUUAAUUAUAAAUACUUUAAUUGGUUAUAAUAAAGUAAAUGAUGGUAUAUUCAGUACUAUAAAAAACUAUUAUGACUUUGUUGAAUAUCAAGAUCAAGGCAUCCUUCAUUGUUAUAUGCUUGUAUGGUUAUAUGGUGCUCUUGAUCCAAUUAUGUUACAUCAUAAAAUCAAAGAAGAUGAAAAAUUUCAUCAAUGUUUAUUACACUAUAUUAGUGAUAUUAUUAAAGAAGAUCUUAGCUAUCUUCUCAUAAAAGGUGAAGAUGCACCAUCCUUUAAGCCUAUACCAAAUCUUAGAUCUACUGAUUUUGUUGAAAAAUUUUGUCAAGAUUUGCUUGCAAUCACUAAACAUAUGCUUUUUCAUAAUUAUAAUCAGACCUGCAAAAAAUAUAAUCACAGUUUACAAAAACACUGCAAGUUUGAUUUUCUACACGAGCUAGUAGAUUCACCUGGAAUGGUCUUUUCUAAUGAGAGUAUUAUUGCAGUCCAAUGUGUUAAUGCUUUUAUAAAUAAUUAUAAUCCUUAUAUAACUAUUUUUGCAGAGGAAACAAUGAUAUUAAAUUUAUCACAACUCGAAAAUUAG